AAUGAUUUGAUUUUCUUUUUUUAGGAUAUUAUGUCAAAGAUUUCUCUACAGGAUUUUGAAAAAUAUCGUUGUAAUCAUGAAUCAUCGAAGGAAUGGAAGCUAAGAAAAAGAUUUCUAAUUGCAUUUUACAAUAAAUAUGAAGAACCACGUUUGAUAUGUUUAUCGAAAGUAUAUUCCAACAUAAAAUUUUUGGAAUGCCAAUACUCAAAGGCAAUUAUGGAGGAGGUAGAUAUGUUGGAGGAAAUACUAGAAAAAAAUUAUAAACAGCAAUUGUCACACAAUACGUUUAAAGGUGGAAGUCAAAAGCCAAAGAAAAAGAAGCCGACAAAAUCUUUGACAAAUGAUAAUUCCAGUGAGGUUAUGCAAACAAAAUCCUCAAGUGUUUCUAAGUCUUCUUCUAUAAUAUCAUCUUCAUCAACUUCUCUUGCAUCCAAAAAUUCUAAACCAUCACCCUCAUCAUCUACACAAUCUUACCCUAAGUCCUCCAAUACUUCUUCAUAAUUUUGUAAAAUGCUCAAUUUAAAUAUUUAUAAAAUCUCAAUUUUAUUGCCAACUUAUAAAAUGUGCAAUGAAUAUUUACAGAUUUAAUAAUAAAUUUUAUAAUUAACAUUAACCUAUAAAACAUGAUAAAAUUAUAUAUAUAUAUAAUAAUCAUUAGCCUUUUAAUACCAAUCUACACUUUCUAUUUUAAACAAAUUUUUAAUAACACACCAUUACAGUAUAUUUUUAAAAGAAAUUCAACUCCAAACAUGUCAUAAAAUUUUA